AUGGCAAAAAUCUUAAGCACGCUGUCUGAAAAUUACGAAAGGAUGAACAUUUCUGACAUGGAAACUCAAAACGCGCCGGAAGGAGACUUGAUCGCCGACCACCUCAGUGAAGAAACAUCGCGAGAAGCUGAACUUGAUUCGAGCAUGAUGCAGAUGGAAGCAGAAGGAGAAUUAGAUCCAGACAGUCUCAGCUCGGAUUCCUGUUCUGAUGGCUCUUGCGAAGAAGACCUGGAACACUUGGAGGCAGAAAAUAAUGACAAUCAGAUGAAUCAAGCUUCUGCAGGCUCAGAUAUGUCCGCUUCUGGACUCGGCGAGGAUAUUAUAUACUCUGAGUCGGAUGAAAAUACCUCUGAUAUUGUCGAUGAAAUUGACGGCUACUGCAAAGUCCAGGACUGCUACGAAUAUGAAGAGACCUUGACAGUUUCUCAGGGAGGUUCAAAAUUAUUUUUUUUUUCAUUCAAAAACAAUUGCUUUUCGAACCCUAGAAAGCCUGAGUCGGACAACUACUGUGGCGAAUUCGGCCAAAUUUGCUCGGACACUUCACUUUCCAUCUCCGACUGGUCUUUCGGUCCAGAUCAGAGCAUAGCCUGCAAUCGAGGAAAAGUUAGCGUAAACACCUGCAAAUCCAUUUGGCCGCUGAAAGCCAAUAUUUGUGAGCUCGUUUUCGACGUCCUUGACCGGAAAACAGCGACAUAA